AGAAGAAAAAAAAGGAAACUUUCUCAAAUCUCAAAAUGGAAAAAGGUGGCGUACCACGAGGUAAAAGGCCAAGAGUACAAGUCUCGUUAGAUGAUAAGGAGCGAGCCAUAGCCCGUAUACGUAAUGGCGAGACGAAAGCCGGCAUAUCACGCGAACUUGGUGUCCCCGAAUCGACGGUACGUGGAUGGGUUAAACGAGCUGAACAGCGUAUAGCACGCGACGCCAUAGAGGGUAAUACAACCAUUUUGACGCUGGAUACAAGCACAACAACAUCUGCAGCAUCGGCAAUACCAUCAACAGGAGCAGCCAUUACACAGCCUUUGGUUCUACACAAUCUGAAAUUGGCCAAGAAACGCACUGUGGAUGGUUUAAUUAUCCCUAAUGCUGCACCAACCCUUUUGACGAACCUACAAUUACCUUUGAUGACCAUGCCUAUGAUUUCAUCAGAGCAAACAACGUUGGAAAGUUCUUUAAAUCAAAAUGGCUGGUUGCAUAUAUUCAAUGCUGGUAUAUUAAGUUUUACUUGUAUUGCCACCGCAGCCUAUAUGCAGGCCAAUUCACGUGGCAUGUCGGAACAUUUGUCCAUGUGGCAAAUCAUCAACGAUUAUGUGGAUGAAGCGGGACGCAUUGUGGCCAACAAUAAUGGACAAUAUGUGGAGCCAAUGCCCAGUAGUCCGAUGCAUAAAACAAAUACCAUUAGCACCACUAGCCAAACCACUACCAGCAGCAGCAGCAGCACCGCCAAUGCCCAGAUGAUGCAGAUGAAGUUGAAGAGGAAAAGUAUGGUACCACGUUUACAUAUAACAGCGGAGGAUGAUGAAGAUGGCUCGGGUACAGGAACAGAAAUGGAGACAUGAUAGGAAGAAUUCAGUAUUAAUUACUCAAAAAGAAAAAUGUAUAGAGAUAACUUUAUUUAAAGUUAUUCUCGUGUAUAGUUUUAUCUCUUGGAGAUCAAAUGACAUAUUUGCCCGCACAUAGUUAUGCAAAUAAAAUGUGUCCUGUCAAUGGGAUUAUGUUGUUUAAA